AUGACAGAACCAAAUAUUUCCUCCGAUUCGAGUGAAGGUGACCCUUCACCCCCAGCUGCUCAAGUUGAACUUCCGGGUCAUCCUCAACAACCCGAUAUCCCGGAUUUACAGCAAGAAGAACAUGCUCAACCAAGAGGAGCGAUUGGGAGGCAACCUAUCAUAGAGGACAUUGGACCUGAAGAGGCACCAGAGCCUGCUCCUCCAGACGAAGGCCCUGUCCCAGGUUCCUUGGUGCGAGAGGCAUCAGAACCUAGGAGAAAAGAAAAUAUAACUGUAAUAAAUAAACACUAUCAUUACAACCAACAAAGAACAUUACACUACAACACCGGCCCUGUUUAUAAAGGCGAAUUCAAAGGCGAAAUAAGUGGGACGAAGAUGGAUGUAAAAGACUCGAAGAUAAGAUCAAUCGGAGCCCCACCUCAAGCAAAUAGACCGUCGUCACGACGAUUGCUCUCAGCACUUGGUGCGCCACCGUCCAGACCAGCCCUAGGAUGGCACGGACAAGAGGAACGGUCAACUCGUUCAGCUCGUGGAUCAUCGCGCCAACCCUUAGGGCUUCUACCGGUUCCCAGCGACGAAGAAGAGCAAUCGAAUGAAAACGAAGGUUUAGGAGAAGUGGAAGGACAAGAAGAAUCAAUUCAGCCCCCUAUUCUCCCUUCGUCACCCAACGCCGAAGAGCAGCCCCUGUCGUAUGAGGCUGAAAGUUUCGGAUCAUCUUUAGGUACAGCAGAAGGCGGUGAACCAUCCUCAACAGAACUUGAUCCGCAACUUCGAGAGCAAUUAUCGAUAUUUUCAAAAAGGAAAGAAAAUCGUCAUUGUAGAGAAAAAGCUCUACCUCCACCAAAUAGACCGUCGUCACGACGAUUGCUCUCAUCAAUCGGUGCGCCACCGUCGAGGCCAGACAUGGGAUGGCACGGACGAGAGGAACGGCCAAAUCGUUCAAAAGCUCGCGGAUCAUCCCACCAACCAUUGAUGCUUCCUCCGGUACUCAGUGACGAAGAUGACCAAUCGAAUGAAACCGAAGAUUCGGGCGCAGUGGGAGGUUAUAGAAGCGAUCGACCUCCUCCCAUGUCUUCAACAUCAUUGGCGAGAAAUCGAGACAGAUCGGAAAUAGGAAGAAGGCGAGGGUAUUUACCCAUAUAUGAUCACCAUGCCCGUGAAAGAGAACCAGGGUUAAUUGGUCAAAGGUCGCGAAGAUACCCACCUCAGCCGCAAGAACCCCCUCCAAGCUACUAUGAAUCGUUUCGAGACGAACCUCACUCCGCAUUCCCCACUCGUUCAGUACAAAGUUUGGCGAAGAAAUUUGAAACAAGAGAACCAGGUCAUACUGAAAGGCAACAGAGGUCAUUUCGAGAACCACGUCGAUUGGAUGAUGGAAUGUACUCUUACUUCCGGGGUAGUCGAGUUCAAAGUUCAAGAGUCGGGCGAGAAGAUCGAUACGAAGCUGAGCAAGAAAUACCCACAGUAAUAACUCAAUUACGAGAACACAGAGAUACAGACGAAUCGUCUUCUUCAUUCGUUGAAGACCCAUCACUUACAAUACCGAAAGAUUUAUAUGGUGAAAGAGAGUUUGGUGAAUCGAGGCAUGCCGUAUCGCGUGCGAGACGACAAGAAAGAACGAUGAUGCUCUCGAAUAUCGGGUGGUAA